CUUCCCCACGCGAGCGAGUCUCCAAAAUGCCUCGCGGCUCCGCGACCAGCUACGGCCAGGUCAUCGAGUACAUCCAAGACCGUCUCUACCUGGCCUCGUACACGUAUGCGCCCGACGCCUCGACGCCGUUUCCCUACCCCAAGCAGAGCCAGUCGCCCUCGAAGCGCUCCUCGCGCGCACAUGGCGGGCCCACUGCUACCCCCAAGCCGCAGCCGCCCGUGUACUUUAGCAUCGACAAGACGCUGCUGUACAACGCCUUCCACGGCGACUUUGGCCCUCUCCACAUCGGCCACCUGUACCGCUUCGCCGUGCAGCUACAUGAGGUCCUCGGCGACCCUGCCAACGAGGACCGUGCCGUCGUCUUCUGGAGCAACGCCGACUCGCGGAGCCGCGCAAACGCUGCUUGUAUUCUGGCAUGCUACAUGGUGCUCAUCCAGUCAUGGCCGCCUCACCUGGCCCUGGCGCCCAUCGCCCAGAUGGACCCCCCUUGCAUGCCCUUCCGCGACGCCGGCUACAGCCAGGCCGACUAUGUGCUCAACAUCCAGGACGUCAUCUACGGUGUGUGGAAGGCAAAGGAAGAAGGCCUAUGCGGACUCAAGGACUUCAGCCUCGAGGAGUACGAAAAGUACGAGCGCGUAGACAUGGGCGACUUCAACUGGAUCACCCCCGACUUCCUCGCCUUUGCCUCGCCCCAGCAACAACCCACACACGAGAUCCCUACUUCUUCGCCAAUGUAUGCGACACUUCCUUCCAACAUUGCCGAGAUUCAGCGAUCGGGCCUCCCCAGCCCCUUCAAGAACGUCCUGUCGCAUUUCUGCGCGCGUAACGUCGGCCUCGUCGUACGGUUAAACUCGGAGCUGUACUCGUCCUCGUACUUCACCAAGCUGGGCAUCCAGCACCUCAACAUGAUCUUCGACGACGGAACCUGCCCACCCCUGUCGCUUGUCCGCAAAUUCGUCAACCUUGCGCACGAGAUGAUCACAGUACAGAAGCGAGGCAUUGCUGUGCACUGCAAGGCUGGUCUGGGGCGAACUGGUUGCUUGAUUGGAGCAUAUCUCAUCUACAAGCACGGCUUCACAGCCAACGAGAUUAUUGCCUACAUGCGUUUCAUGCGCCCGGGAAUGGUUGUCGGGCCCCAGCAGCACUGGCUUCACUUGAACCAGGGCACUUUCCGCGAGUGGUGGUACGAGGACACGAUCAAGGCCAAGUACGCCCAGAUGAUUCCUUCGACGCCCACAAAGUCAUCGCACAAGCAACGGCUUGCUAGCAACGGCCAGACCUUUACGCCUCCCAACGGCUCGCAGAAACGCGCCGCACUUGGUGAGAUUGAGUCCAACGAGCGAAGCAAUUCGGGACACAUUGGUGUACUAGACGACAACCUGCCUGCGCCGACGCCAGGCCAGCCGCGAAAGACUAGCAAGCUUUACGGCAACGGCUCGCGAUCGCCACAGCGCAUCGACGAGAACGAGCCAUUUACCAAAUCGCAUACCGAGGUCAGGGCAGACAUCACACGCUUCGACGGCGAGUCAGACGAGGAAUUCCAUCUCCGCCAGAUAGCGCGGCGAACAUCUUCACGCUCACCUGCGCGGUCACCGACUCUGAAGGACAAGCAGCGCCGCGCUUUCAGCACCACGUCUGUCAUUCAGACUUCGGUAACACAUACCUCGUUUGGCUACGGCGAGGAGAGUGAUCUUGAGAACACUGCGCCAACAAGCGCGCGGCCCAAGACACCAAAGGAGAAGAACGGCAACGGCAGCAUCAGCAUGGCCAAGGUCCGUUCGAGCCCGUCACGCCGGAGCACAGAUGGCAAGGCGGGUGUGCGAAAAACCAGUGGUCGUGUUGGCAGCGUGGGCAAUGCCAUUACACGAACCAAGUCAUGAGCAACGUUUCCGGAUUUGACUUUGAGUCUCCAUCUUCAUUCCACGGAGUUCUAGCAAGGCGCCUUGGGACACAACAUUCACGAUUGUGGUCGCUUCAUUUCCGUCCAAGUCACUUCGUCCUCGUCGAUCAGCAUGCCAGCGGGCUUGGUGCUAUAAUAUCGUUUGUGGGGUUGGCGUUUUGGAUUGCAAACGUGCAUAUUGGUGUUGGGAUAUCUUUAUUUGACACGUACCGGGUGGCGCAUGGGGUGUCAAUGUUUUCUUUAUUUUUCUAUCGUCUCGUCGCUGGCCACGGUCCCGGCAUUGCUUUACUAUAGUCUUGUCCCUUUUCGCGGUAAUCCAGCUGCGGAUCUGUUCAUGACGUGUAUGAGUUAAUGAUGAGCGUAAUUUCAGUCUUCC